AUGCGCUUCUCUAUCCUCGCCCUCCCACUCCUUGCUGUCCCCUCCCUCGCCCUCCUCGGCGUGGAUAGCGCCGUGUCAUGGGCGAACGCGCUCGUGUCCUCCUCGGGUGGCGAGGCCCAGGCGAGCAAGGGCGGCGAGGUUCACGCAUACGAUUCGUGGAGCUACACCGACUGCGGAUUGGCGACUGACCUCAUCCAACUCAAGUCGUUCGUCGUUAGCCCCGAUCCGCCCCAGCCGGGCAAGAACAUGACGGUCACGGUGGAAGCGGAUGUGCUGGACCGUAUCGAGGAAGGCGCGUACGUUGACGUGACGGUCAAGCUCGGCCUGGUCAAGCUGCUCCAGAAGACAUUUGACGUUUGCGAGGAAGCCCGAAACAACAACGCCUCAGUCCAGUGCCCCGUUGAGGCCGGCCCGUACAAGGUCACCCAGACUGUGGAGCUGCCCAGGGAGAUCCCGCAUGCCAAGUUUGUUGUCUCGGUCCGCGGGUACUCGGUGGACGAUGAGGAUCUUGUCUGCCUCAACCUCUUUGUCGACUUCAUGAAGGGCCGAAGCUAG